AUGGAUCACAGACCGCAAGCUUGGGGCCGUCCCAGAGACGACGUCUACGGAGCUUACGAUGCAUCUUAUAUGAACCUUAACGGCCCUAACCAAGCGACACAAGCUCCCAUUGUUACGGGCACAUCAGUCAUUGCCAUCAAGUUCAGCGAAGGUGUUGUCAUCGCUGCCGAUAACCUGGCAUCCUACGGCUCUCUUGCCCGAUUCACCGACGUCAAGCGUCUUCGCACCUUUGCCGACUCUACCGUCGUCGGCUUUGGUGGUGAUGUCUCCGAUAUGCAGUUCCUCGAUCGCCACCUCCAGUCCCUCGACAUUGAGGAGUCUUACGACCUGUCCUCUAACCAGCCUGCGCGUCUCAAUGCCGCCAACCUGCACAAGUACCUGUCCAAGCUCCUUUACAAGCGUCGCUCUGAUUUCGACCCUCUCUGGAACCACCUCCUUGUUGCCGGCCUGGACGACGCUGGCAAGCCUUUCCUCGCAGCCGCCGAUCUUCUCGGCACUACCUUCACCUCUCCCUCCCUGGCCACUGGCUUUGGCUCUGCUCUCGCUCAGCCCAUCAUGCGCCGCUAUGUUCCGGAUGAGGAGGCCGCCGCUAAAUUGUCCAAGGAGCAGGCUAUUGACGUCAUUAAGGAGUGCAUGAAGGUGCUUUUCUACCGCGACGCUCGCAGUUUGGACUCGUACUCUAUUGCUGUUGUGACCAAAGAUGGAGUGGACCUGAAGGAGAACGAGAAGCUGGAGAAGCAGAGCUGGAAGUUUGCGGAACGGAUCCGUGGCUACGGCACCCAGGUUGUUUAG